UGGAGUGUGGGGGGCGCUGACUGUGGGGCAGCUGGAGUUUGGUUUUGCCUUCACAAAAAAAACUUCUCCAGUGAGAGAGGGGUCCGUGCAGCAUCUGUACUACUGGUCUGCUGUGGUCAUUCUGAUGGAUAUGAAACUCAGCAGCAUCUAAACAUCUGCAGGCUCAGUGUGAAGAAUGUGCACUUGUUGAAUAUCCCGACUGCACGUGUCCCCUUUCUUUGAGGAGUCUUGUGCCCCCCCUUUGCCUCCUUCUUUUCUUGUUUGUUUCCUGGUCUCGUGGUUCUUCAGCCAUGUCAACAGAAGUAGAGCCCAUUGCCGUGGUUCCUCCAGACCCUACUGGACCCACCACUGAGCCCACUGGACCUAGUACUGCUCCUGAGACCACCACAGCAACUUCUGCUGCAGCGACCACAACACCUGCCACAAACAAGGCUGCAUUCUUCUCCAGGGACAAAAAGAAAAUGCCAGAGAAGACUGAUGACUACCUGCUGGCCAGGUUUCAGGGAGAUGGAGUUAGGUAUAAGGCCAAAUUGAUUGGGAUUGAUGACGUGGCUGAGGCCAGAGGGGACAAAAUGAGCCAGGACUCCAUGAUGAAGUUGAAGGGCAUGGCAGUAGCUGCUCGUUCCCAAGGCAAACACAAGCAGAGAAUCUGGGUGACCAUUUCUCUAAGUGGGCUGAAGAUCAUUGAUGAGAAGACUGGAGUGAUUGAACAUGAACAUGCAGUCAACAAGAUCUCCUUUAUCGCCCGUGAUAUCACAGAUAACCGGGCAUUUGGAUAUGUCUGUGGGGCAGAGGGCCAACACCAGUUCUUUGCCAUCAAAACAGCUCAGCAGGCAGAGCCGUUGGUGAUGGAUCUGAAAGAUCUGUUUGAACUGAUCUUGAACAUGAGGAAGAAAGAAACUGAGAAUGCGCAAAAAACAGAAACCAGCAAUGCAGUGGUUGAGAAUGGAGGCGAUGCCUUGCUCAAUCUGGAUGCUGAGGUGAACACUGUAAAAACUGUGGACCUAUUUGGAGACAUGUCUACACCCCCUGACAUCAACUCGCCAACGCCUAACAGUGUUUUGUUGCUGGAGCUUGGUGCUGUGAUUGAUGCCAACCAAAACCAUCUUAAAGGAAACCCUUUUGUCUCGUAUCCCACUGUUCCUUGCAACACGCCCUGCGAUGCCCCAUUUUCUUCCACCUUAGAUAUAUUUCCCAGUCCUGACCCAUUCAGUAAUGACCUAUUUGCUCCCCGAAAUGGUGAAGCAAGCUCCUCACCUUCUCCCAUUUCAUCCAGUAAUAUCCAGUCUGUUCUAAUGUCCAAUCAACAAUCAAUUCUUUUUGACUGUGUCUUAAAUGGGGUAGUAGAAAAUAAGGACCUAAAUGGAGAGACUAACUGUACCCCAUUUAGUGAAAAGUUAGUGAAGAGCAUGAAUGGCUCUGCUGGGUUUUCAGCCAGCAACUCACUUAUGAAUCUGUCAGUGCAGCCCCCUCCUCCUUCAGUUGACACAAUGGUCUCAAUGGCCCCAACCGCUUCUGUUCUGUUUAAUGGCCUCAGCAAAUCAGAGCUUUCUUUAUUUCAAACUCCGCCUUUUUGUAAUAGUGAAACUAUUCGUCCCCCACCUCCAAACUCUAAAAGUGGCCGGAGAAGAGAAAAGUCUCCUGCACCUGACUUGUUUGGUGCCAACCUGUUUCCCCCACCACCUCAGAGUAAUGGAGCAUCCUCAACUCAUUCCAGCUCCUCCAUUCCAGCAGAUCUGUUUAAUCCUGCCACCACCUCCUCCACAAACACCUUUGGAUCCAUGACAUUGGGACCACCAUCAGUUCCUCAAGUACCUGGGACAAGUCCAUGGGGUCAGCCAGCGCCCUCAAUGUUUCCUCCACAAGGUCAUGUCCCUCAAGUACCAGUUCAGGGUAUGCCACCAAAUUCGUUCCCCCAGCCUGCUGCAUUUGGAGGAGCAUCAGUACCUCAAUGGGGACAGCAGACAGCUUCUCCUUUUGGCCCCCCAGCUGCCCCCCAAGUUUGGGGACAACCAGUUCCAGCUGUAGCACCUAUGGGCAACUGGCCGCCAUCAGGUCCCAUGUCUAACCCAAUGACACCAGGUAUGUUUCCUCCCAUGAUGUCUCCUCCAGGAGGAAUGAUGGCAGGCCAACAGCCUUCAGUGGCAAUUUCUCGACCGCCACCACGCCCUCCUGUAAAGGAAGAGCCACCUGCUGCUAAAAGUGCUUUUACGUCUUUGGACCCCCUUGGUGGGAAGCAGCAGAAGGCUGGGAAGGAGAUGUUCAAAGAUUUCCAGAUGGCUAAACCUGGAAGUGCUUCUGCGCCUAGCUCAAACACCAAUGGCUCAUUUGACCAAUACUUCUCCAGCAAAGUUGGCGUACCCCAGGAAGCAGCAGAUCACGAUGACUUUGACAUUAACCAACUUUCUGUAAAAAGCUCUGAGCCAUCUAAACCUGCCCUUCAGACAGUUUCUGCAACUGUUGCUCCAGCUCAAGCUCCAGGCCUGACAGGAGGACUUUUGGAUGCUGCCUUUUCUCCUAAUCCAGCUCCAGCCCAAUCAGGCCCAGUUCCUGCAACAACUGCAAACAUUUUUGAUGACACUUUUGGAAGCAGUCCUUUUGGGGCACCAUCUACAACUAUGACUUCUCCACCUACACAGACCAAUGUAAACGCUGAUCCUUUUGGAGAUGCUUUUGGAAAUCCUUUUGCCUAAGCUUCGCCUUGUCCUACCCUGUGAGUUUCUUCAACGAGAAUGGGAGCGUCAAAAAGUCUGCCACAUUCAGUGCUGUGAACUGGAAACACUGGACAUUGUGAGCUCCUUCCUUUAGUCUGCACUUCACUGGCCCUGCUGUGUCGGCAUGUUUUUUCUUUUUCUCCCUGUGUGCCUUUUUGUUACUGACCUCGGGUCAUCUUACCCCGUUAAUAAAUCAACUGAUUCCAUUUCCCAAAGUGCCUGUGAUGAUCAAGUAAGCACAUAUCAAAUGUGGGUUAGAGGAAUGGGUGUGAGGCAACAAAAAUGAAGAUGAAGAAGGUGGCAAAUGAUGCAUGUUCAUGUAUUUGAUAAUACAGUAUGCUUUGUUCUAUCUGACAUUAAAGAAAGCAUGAAUUAA